CAAGACACCCAAGACAGAGGAUUAAAAAAAAAAUGGCUGUCAUAAAAGCACACGAGCCACGAAAUGUUGUGACGGGUGGUAAAUUAACUUGGUUAAAAGUUUGUUAUUUACUUUUUAUAAAUAAUAACGAGUGAUAGAUAUAAAUGAUGUGUUAUGGAGGAAUAUAAUUGUGAAAAAGUCAAAUUGCGUCAUAAGGAAUGGAGAAAGAUUGUUAAAAAAGAACGACGUAAACGGGUGAGACGGAAAACCGCUCAGCUGAGAGAUGCCGAGGAGAAACAGCUGCAGGCGGCGCUCGAGAGGAGUGCGGGAUAUUUGAACUGGCUUCUUGAACAGAAAUUGUUGCAAGAGGAGAAAGAGAGGAGGGAAGUAGAAGAGUUGGCGGAACAAGAGAAACAAUGGCUGGAAAAUGAGGUUAGAGCUCAAAAAGAAUGGCAAGAAUCUCAAGAGCGCAAAGCUCGAGCCCGAGCGGAACAGCUGCGCCAGGAAGAAAUAAUAAGAAAAGAAUUUGAAGAAAAGCAAGAAGCGCUAAAGAAAAAGCGUGAAGAAAUAAAGCGCCUGCAGGACGAAGAAAUUAACAGACAAGUCCAAUUAGAAAAAGAGAUAGAUGAUUACAUAGACAAUGGCGCAAGAACUCCUGAAUAUUUGAGAUUAACUAGCGACACGCACCCAACAAAGGAGCCUUGCGUGUUCUUUACCAAAACUGGAGCUUGCAAAUAUGGCGACGCUUGUUCCAGGAACCACCAAAGAAAAUCUCUUACCAAAGUGAUCCUGAUUCCCGGCUUCUACUCCCACUUUUCGCUGGAAAAGAAUUCUAAUGAGUAUGACACCGACGUGGGACUGGAGUUUGAAUCUUCAGAAACGCGUAAUCACUUCAGGGAAUUUUACAAGGACGUAGUACCUGAACUGGAGAGCUUCGGUAGGAUCAGGACUCUCAAGUGCUGCUUCAACAGCGACAUUCAUCUCAGAGGAAAUUUGUACGUCGAGUAUGAGACUGAGCGAGAAGCUGCCAGGGCCUGGAGGAAGCUCAGAAGUCGCUGGUACGCUGGAAGACAAAUUAAUUGCGAAUUUGCUAAUAUUGUGUCCUGGAGGAACGCCGUCUGUGGAAUGUUCCACUGCCCUAAGGGUCGGGCUUGCAAUUUUAUUCACGCUUUUAGGAACCCUGGAGAUGAGUACGACAUCAAGAGUCCGCCUUGGCGCGGUGUUAGGGCCGACAGAGAAUCCACCAGCAGCCGCAGAGACAGGAUGGAAGAAGAAUCUAGGAGAAGAGAUGACACUCAUCGGAAUUGGAGAUGGUCUGAGUCUCCAGAAGUGGAGAUGGAAGCUAUAAGCUCGAAGAAAGAGAAGGAGAGACUGAAAUCUAGAAGACGAUCUGAAACUCCAUCCUCGAGGUCUGAAAGACAUUCUAAGGCUAGAGAUUCUAGGGGGGAUAAGAAAACUUCUAGAAGACAUUCUUCGGAAUCUAGGUAUGAUUAUUUUAAAAAGAAGAAAAGAAGAAGUGAUAAGGAUAAAGAAAAUGGAGAGUUGAAGGAAAAUAAAUUGAGGAAGAAAUCUAAAGAAGAUAUGGCAAGGAAGUCUAGAAGAGAUCAAGGAAAAAUUCGCACUGGUUGGGAUACUACUGAUUCAGAAGAUAGUUCUUAAUAAAAUGUAAAUAAAUUGUAAGAGAAGAGAAGACAUUCAUCGCAACUGGAGAUGGUCUGAGUCUUCAGAAGUCGAAUUAGAAGCUGUAAGCUUGAAGAAAGAAGAGAGACUGAAAUUUAGAAGACAUUCUUGAGAAUCUAGGUAUAAUUAUUUUUGUAAAAAGAAGAAACGUAGAAGUGAUAAAGAUAAAGAAAAUGGAGAGUUGAAGGAAAAUAAAUUGAGGAAGAAAUUUAAAGAAGAUAUAACAAGAAAAUUCUAGAGAUUAUUUUGAUAAAGUGGAUCAAGGAAAAAUUCGCUCCGGUUAGGAUACUACUGAUUCAGAGUUCUUGAUAAAAUGUAAAUAAAUUGUAAUUAAUUUUAUUUUUAUAAUUAAAAAUUACAAACUCUACAGAAUGCUUGUGAGAUUUCAAAAGAAAAUCUUGUGUUUUUUGAAAAUUAGUAAACUUUUUUAUGAAAAUUAAAUAGGCCUACAUUUC